AUGUCUACCCAAGCAGAUGGUAAUGGUGUCCUGUUGAAAGUCGACUCCAUCGCGAACACCUUCCGCGAAGAGAUCAAGACUGCUCUUUCCACUUGCCCUCGACCGCCAAAAUUGGUGGGCAUCCUUGGGACGUCGGCUGGCCCAAGCAAGUUCUACGCCGAGUUCACAAAGAAGCAGUGCGACGCACUCGGCGUAGAAUUCGUGCUCAGGCGGACGGGGUCUGCUGCAGACCUCGAGCUGAGCGACGGGGAAGGUGUUGAAGAGGCGAUCAUCGAAGCAAAUGAGGAUGACGGUAUAGAUGGCAUUAUGGUAUACUACCCUAUUUUUGGUGGCCGUCAGGACCACUAUCUGCAGCAGAUCGUUUCGCCCUUCAAAGACGUUGAAGGGCUAAACUUCAAGUUCCAUUACAACCUUUAUCACAACAUCCGCUUCCUGGAACCGAAGUCCCUCCUCUCGCCGACCCCUACCGCGGUGCCUGCGCCAGCCAUAGAAGACCAACCACCGGCAGGGACUGUAAAAUCCAUCCUUCCGUGCACACCUCUCGCUGUCGUAAAGUGUCUCGAAAACAUCGGGGUCUACAACACGAUUUUGCGUUACGGUGACCGCGCGUAUGGGAGGACGGUCACCGUCAUUAACCGGUCUGAGGUCGUCGGCAGACCUCUUGCAGCGCUACUCGCGAAUGACGGCGCGCGGGUGUUCUCGGUGGACAUCGACUCCAUACAGGAAUACACGAAGCGUCCCCGCCAGAACGCGGAGGUAGUGCGGCGCUACUACCCCCGUCACAUCGUGCACCCUAGCACACACGCUCUGCAGGAGUGCCUCGCGCUCUCGGACGUGGUCGUCUCCGCGGUUCCUAACGCGGAUUACAAGGUCAAGACGGAAUGGCUUAAGGACGGUUGCGUGUGCCUCAACGUCGCCGCGGACAAGAACUUUGAAACUGACGUACGGGAGAAGACCUCGCUAUACUUGCCCACGAUUGGCAAAGUCACUAUUAUGAUGCUCCUGCGGAACUUGCUGCGCCUCCGGCAGUAUCGGGAGAUAGCAAAGAAAACAUCAUGA